AUUGUAUUUAUAUUUGCUUCUCAACCCUUCCUCAUGAUAUCAUUUCCUUCCGCAGACGCGCGCAAAGUUCAAUUUCACGUCAUACUCAACUCGUUCAAGAACCCGGUGGCAACACGUUGCGCGCACACGAUCCGAUUCAGCAUGAAGACCGGACUCACUACACUUCUCCUCACCCUGUCGGGGCUCUGCAAUGCUGCCAGUAUGUGCGAGUUCAAACACACUAGUGGCUCGGAAAUGUUUGGAAUAGGGACUAGUGAUGGCUUUGUCAACCACCCCGCCGGUUGCUCUUAUUCGUUUGUAUGCGAGGCGGCCGGGUGCAGUUUCUCGAACACCCAUCCAGCAGGUUGUGUUUCCUCAUGCCAUCUGCAGUAAAGGAAUGACAUGCCUUAACAAUCACCGGAGGCCAAGUUGAUCGCUGGAAGCCAGUGUCACGGUAAAAAGUGAGGGAAGAUCCAGAUGAGACAUUCAUACAGACCGAGCGGAUCAUAGAGACUAAGGCAGAGAUUGAUGCUCAGUGCGUCAGUCUGUUCGUUAGUGCCACAACAGGCACAAUAAAACAAAGAGCUUGAUUUACAAUCGUUUGCUCAGGGUUCCAAGACUAGGCCUGUGUUGCCGCCAGAAUUAGAAUCUAGCCUAUCGAGUGCCAACACACUACAUUAUUUGCCAACACGCUUAAUAAUCCACCUUAGUGUCAC